CUUGUGGGUGCAGAUGACGUUGCCGGGACUGAAGGAAGUUGCACGCGGAUAUCAAACGUCUGACAAUGGCCAAGAACAAAUUCAGAGGGCAGAAGUCCAGGAAUGUAUUUCACAUAGCCAGCCAAAAAAACUUUAAGGCUAAAAACAAAGCAAAACCAGUUACCACUAAUCUUAAGAAGGUAAGUAUUUUAAAUCCUCAGCGACGUCAUGAAAGUGAACCAGUUAACGUUGAUGAAGCUACAAAAUUAAUGGCUCUGUUGUAAUACAGUGGCGAUGCAUCUACUUCCCCAAAAAGACCAAUAAAUUAAACAUUUUAUACAACUUUAUUUUAAAAAAUCUUGUUAAUGUACAGGCAUUGGCACAUUUUAAAAACAAACUACAUAAACAGAUCUUUCCUGUAAUCUAGGAAAGUGGAAUGUCAGAAGUCAACAAAAUGUGAUAAAGUGCUAGAACAGAAGGCACUUCACAAACUCUGUUCACUGAAACAGUCAUAUAUCCGCAUUUACAUCCUUCACUUUAUAAGCGGCAGUGAAUGUCUGUUUGGACUGAAGGACAUACAAGAAUACAAUUUCAUGGCAGUAAAAAUAUAAGACAAAUGAUGAGCCCUUCGCUAACUUAUUUUGUUUUUGCUGACCUAUAC